UUUGUCACGUGGGGGUAAGACAGACACACCCUGUUCAGACUUCAGGAAAAGAGGGAAGAAACAGAGAAAAAGGCCACUUCACGGCCACGGCAGAUCAAAAACGAGGUGUCCUAUGAAAUCCUGGCGUCCAGGCAGACGGUUGGCAGGGGUUCCGAUGCCUGAGGCCACUAGGGAGAGAGAUCUCGGCGUCCUCGGGCAGCUCCAGGAUAAUUUUCCCGGUGAGUGAGGCUUCUAGUAAGGGACUCUCCCUGGAAUGGGCCUGAAAGCUUUUUGCCCACUUUGCUCGUGUCACUCCAGCCCCCGUGGAGACAGAAGUCAAGGAGGAAGUGAUGAGCAAUGGCAGCUGACUUGGCAAGGAACGUGUAUGAACGUCUCAUCUCCUUUGGCCCCCUGGCUGGGAAGACCCUCCUCAAGGAAGCCCUGGCCCUGCUGGCUUGUCACCACACUCAGGCAACAGUGCAGGUCUUCCUCGAGCACUCAAUAUCCCUGAACUGGUAGGCCCUCCUCCUAACCCCCAGGCCAGGAUGGAGAGGCCCCAGCCGGGACAGACCCAGGGGGAGUGACUCCAUAUCCCUCCUGGGUGGGAACCUAGUGCAGACUUGGGGAGGGCUGAAGUCUGGGGGUCUCAGCUCUACUCGAUCUCUCCCUGGUCCAGGGAAGGGGGAUGCUGGUAGGUAGGAGGUGGGGACAGUCCCAGGACCCGGAGGCUGCAAUCCAGCAUUCCUGCAACCCUUUGGUCCCUGCUGGGGCAGGAUCCGGGGCUGUUGCGGGAAAGAGGUGGGAAAGGUUGAGUUCGGAUUGUGGGUCCACAGGCAGGUCCUUGACGUGUGGAAAUCUGUGGGGGUGAAUACUUCCAUCGCCUCCCGUGUGCUCUGGGAGCUGCUCUGUAAGGUGUUGGAACGAUAUGUACCUGAGGAGAGCAACUGUGUGCGGGACAGGCACACCUUGGGCUCCAUCGCAGUGAGCCCCCACCUCGGCCCAGAAGAACAGAGCAAAGGGCAGGCCCGGCCCGGAGCCUAGAGCCCAAUGCCCAGAGCCUGGAGCAUGGACCCUGCCCUGUCACUGCUGGCUCUCUCUGACUGGUCCCCUGCUGGAUGGGGAGGCUGCCCGGGGUGCUAGGGGUAGGGUUUGGGGUGGUCCUCGAGGGCCCAUGGGCCCAAGGAACUAGAUGUGGUGCCAAGCUGGGCUCUUUCCAUCCCUGCCCAGGGCCUUGGCCCACAGUGGGACCUUGGGAGUGGGGUCAGAGGGAGCCGUGGGCAGAGGCAGAGUGGGCAGGGUGAGUCGGGGGGACUUCUAGCUGAGCCCAUGUGCCAACUCACCAGGCUGUGAACACGCUGUAUGAGCUUCUCUUUGUACAGGAGUACUCUGAGGCCGUGACCCAACUCUUCCCCCAGCUCUUCCUGGCCUUCAUCAUCCAGAUACAGUAUGUGCUGGAGCUGGGCCUGGCAGGGGAGCAGGUGCUCUUGGUCGUGGAGCCCACGGUGCCCUCCGCCCUCAGCCCCUGGAGGACCCUCGUCCAGAGCAGAUGCCUGAUGGUAGCCGAGCUCCUGCAAACAGUGGCCAGCUCUUUGCUGGGGAAGGGCCCACAGGGCCGAAGGGUGGCCAUGGGGCUGUUGGCCGAGUUGAUCUGGACCCCUGCCCUGAAGAGUGUCCUGGACCCCAAGGUCGUCCAGCUCAUCCUCCGGGACAGCCUGGAGGACCCUGACCCAGUGGUGCGGGUCAUCAGCCUGCAGACCCUCACCAGCCUGCCCCUCAACCCUGACAAGGGGCCAAUGAUCCUGGCUCAGCUCCCCUUCAUCCUGGAGGGCUUCUACCAGGAGGACCAGGAGGGGGUCCUAGCAGCCAUGGACACGGCAACCCUCAUCACUCUCAGCCUGGGUUCUCAGGGACUUGGCCACCUCAGGGAGGAUAUAGUCCUCAUGCUGGGCCCAUUCUUUGAUGACGAGAGACCCCCAAGUGAGGGCCGCAGCCCUGGAGCUGCUGGCAGUCUGGCCAGCGGCUGGGUGACUGAGGAGGAAGCCUGCCUGCAGCAGGAACUGAUCCGCUGCCUCCUCCCAGUCCUGCUCCACAGGAAGCAUGAGCAUCCUACAGUGUGCAAAAAAGCCAGAUAUACAUUCUUCUGGCUGGCCCAGAGCAUUGGCUGGAAAUACACCUACAUAGUCGGAUGGAAGUUGAGUGGGGAAGAGAGGGAGUGCAUGGCCUAUGGUACCAUCUGGCAGGCCUUGAUGGAGAGCUUUGAGGACAGCCAUCACAUUGUCUUGUCCCAAGCUCUGGCGUAUACCAACUGCCCCCAGCCAGAUGUGAAAUUUGCAGCCGUGCUCUUCCUCGGGGCUGGACAUAGAAACCUACCGGCUGUUGUCCCUCUGGGAACCCGAUGGAUGGAUGGAUGGAUGAGAGAACAAACAAGAAAAUAUCUGCUAAACCUGCUGCUCUCCGAUGAAGACUUGGAAUUCCUUUCCCAGAGGUAUGCCUGGCCCUCCAGGGUGACGUCCAUGCUCCUGAUUGACCAGCAAGUCUUUGAUCUCCCGUGUGGAGCUCCUAUCCCGCAGCAUGAAGAAGGUCCAAUUGGCCCUCAGGAUGAACCUAGGUGGAGACAGGGUAGCGUGACCCUAGGGGCCUGGAACUGCAAAGAUGAUUAUGUUGUGGUUAAAUGGGGGUGGGAGGGCGAGGAUGGCAGCUUCAGGACUGAAACAGGAUGCACUCUUUACAGGUCUGUUCAGCAACUGAUUGAUUAUAUGAAGCAUGAGGGAACAGUUGAAACUCAGCACUUCUCCAUUGGUGAGGCUAAAUUGGGUUGAAAUUGAAUUGGGAUGCUUCAGAAAUCAUUUUUCCUCUAAAAGUUGAUGAAACAUAAUUCCUCUGUUUUAUGCAGUGCACUUGGUUAAAUGGGGAAAAUACCCACUUCUUGCCCCCAAAGUCACCCUCCACUGCCAAAAUUGGCAAGAAAGCUGGCAUUUUUCUUUUUCAAAAUAGUUCUAAGUAAGACUAUUGUUUAAUCAGGGCGAUUAAAACCUUACAGUGAGAAACGCU